AUGGCUAGGAGGAAUAUAUGCAUUCCCUACAACUAUCCACACAAUGAGCUGCACUUGUAUGAGGGUCACAUCCAUCGUGCCCAGCGAUCCUGGUCCAUCAAAGGGUUUUUCCUGGGAUUGAUAAAGUCAAAAGAGGAGGCCAUCCUGUUGGCUCGACAAGCAGCUAGCGGAGUUCUCUUGGACAGGAUCUUUGGGAGACUGGAAAGGUCCUUCGAGGAGAGCGUUGUGCGGCUGCCGGAAGACUUGCGUCAAUUUCAGUUUUGUUUCCGCACUGCCUCCGCACGGGAAGUCUACGCAGAUGUCACAGCUCUCCAACCUACAGAUGUAUCUGACUUGAUAGUGGAGCGUUUGCUGCAGUUUAUGAAGAGGCACUCUGAGGGAUCGUUUGAAAAGAGCUCUCCAGGAAGCAGCCCUCUCCUGGUGGUGCUCACAGUCUUCCAUGUCUGCAAUAUUUGUCAAUUAAGCCUGGGUUUGAAGGGGUGGGCGGAGCUGUGUUGUCUGGUGACCUCCAAUACUGUGCCGGACAGCCAGAACCUAGAGGAAAUAAAGAAGAUCUACCCUAAUUUACAGUUCUCUGUGAUUGGCCUGAUAAACCUCUGUGCUCGCAUCUUAUUGGCGGAGCUGCCCCUGCUCGUCCCUCUCCUGCACACGCUCCGUGAGUCCGCCACGGGUGUGGGCGGGGCCAGGGCAGGCCCUGCGGAGGAGGAGCAGAGCUGGGCGGGGCUGGAGAGGGUGGAGUACUCCGCCUUCAGGGAGAAGAUCCGCGCACUUCCUGAGAAGAGGAGGAUGAUGCUCGGCCUGAUGCAGCAGCACAAACACCUGGCAGAGGGGAGGCCCCUGGUCCAGACCGGCUGGCUCACCCUGGUUGCCACGGAGGACAUUCCGGAGUUUUCCGCCCAGUCCGGAGUGGUUCUGGAACACCUGCUCCAGAGCCUUCUGUUCAGGAUGAGGGAGUAUCAGAAAACUACGGACAACAACCAGAGGGACAAGAAUCUCCAGGCUGUCCUGGGUGUCCUUCACCACGCACUGGAGAAGCUUCAGGGAGACAGAGAAAGGUUAGCAGACACUGCCUGUGUGGACUCCCUCUUGCAGUGCUGUAUCAGCAUCCACAGGAGUGCUUGUGGGAUGGUAAGGCUGGUCCCAGGCUACAAAGCUGCAGUGACGUCCUACCAGCUGGUCCUGAGAGUGGCUGAGAUCCAAGACUCCAUUCUGGAAAAGGCAGGUGAAGAGAAGGCCCAGGAGAAGGCUCGUCUUUUUCAGAGGCUGACAGACGUACAGAAAGAGCUGUGCUUGUGGAGGGACAAACUUCUCUCCAACCCUCUGCUGACCAGAAGAGGCAGGACCAAAGGCUUCUCCUACCCAAAGGAGCUGGAGCUGUGGGACGGCCUUCUGAGGGUGGAGUGUUCCUUGCAGAGUGUCUCAGACCAGUGGAGCACCACCAUAGAGAAGGACCUGCGAAAGAGGAUAUCAGAGGCCAAUGCCGAGGAUAAGGUGGUGUUGUUCUGUCUGGAGCCGGUUCGAGCAGCGGAGAGAGACGCCCACAGCACCAUCCAGCACUGCCUGUGGGACCUGUGUCAGUCUGCCAUCGGGACCGUCUGCCAGGCCGGGAAGGAGGGGGACCUGCUGGCAGUUCUGUCCCUGUGCCCCGAACCCCUCCCAUCACUGGUGCUGUCCCACAUCAUUGUGGAGUCUGCGGCCCGGUUCCGGGAGGAUCCAGUGGGCUCACUUCUGGACCCCCAGUCUGCUCUCCAUCGUGUCCUGUCUCAGGGUGACUGGCGGGACCUGCAGGUGGAUCGGGAGGCGAGGCAGCUCCUGCAGAGGGGUCACGACACCCUCGGCUCCCUCAUCGAUGCCUUGUGUCGGGGUGACGUUCUUUUGGGGCGACUUCAGGCCACCCUGAAACAUCAAGAGCAGUUCAAAAAGCUGUACCGCCAGUAUAAGAAGGACAGCGGGCGGAAGGACGUCCCUGCAGACCCGGAGCGUGUCCUGUCCCAGAGGGCGGAAGAGCUGCAGGCUUUCCACCAGCAGAGGGAGCACUUCCACACCCUGAUCAACAUGGCGGGGAAGAUUGCGGAGUUCGUCACAGUUCCAGAGAUCUCGGCUCUUGAGGUGCUGCACAGAGCAGAGGUCCAGUCUGAGAGCUUGAGCAGGCUGGUGGCGGUCCGGUCGCAGGGCUCGGAGGAGGAGGGGGAUUGUGGGAUAGCUUGGGGGACUGUGCUGUGGUACAGUGCCAGCCUGGAGGCGCUGAGCAUGGCGAGGGAGAUGCAUGCAGUGAGGGAGAGCUCCCUCCUGCUCAGCAUGUGGGUGGCGGCUGCCAAAGAGGCCGCUGCCCCCUACCGUGGCCCCGCCCACGACCCCGCCCUCCUGUCAAUGAGCCUCGCCAAUGUCCAGCGCCGCCUCUGGACGCCGCAGGUGACCCGGUACCGCCAGCUGGGCCAGAGGAUCGCCGCGGCGUACGUCACCUUCGCCGAGCUGGACGACGCUCUCCGGGGGUCAGGGGACCGGGGGGAGGGUGCGGAGAUCCGCCAGGAGCUGGAGCUGAUGGACGGGGCGCUGGGGGGGUUCCCAGGCUUGGAACCCGGCUGGACUGAGCUCCGCUUCGGACAGAUCCAGAAGUAUCGGCGGCUCCACCUGGCGGCGAAGUCCGCUGGUGUGGUGCUGCAGGUUGCUGAGAGAUUGGAGCUAACGGGGGACUUCAGCCAAAUCCACUGCCUCACCCAACUGGGUGGAGACUCCUUCAGACAGAGACUGCUCGGGUCUCUCAGCGACGACCUCGUCCAGGCCGGAGAGCAACUCUCUGAGGUGAGGAAGCAGGAGGCCGCCUGUUUGGAGGAGUUUCUCAGGAGCCAGAAGCUGGUCAGCUGGAUCAAGGGUAACCUGCAGAGUAUGAGUGACCUGAAGGUGUUUGUGGACCUGGCCUCGAUCUCGGCCGGGGAGAACGCCUCUGAGAUCGACAGGGUGGCCUGUUUCCAUGACGCCGUGAUGGGGUACGGUCCCCUGCUGUACUCCCUGCCCACCGACUCGGGGUUCGAGGAUUUCAUGAGCUGCGCCAGGCAGGUGCUCGAGGCUCUGAGUAGAGACGAGAAGCUUCCGGAAAAACUGAGAGACUCCACACGCUUGCUCGAUUGGCUGAAGGGACUAAGGGAGACCCACGGCUCGGUGGAGCAGUCCUCCCUCGCCCUGGCCACCGCCAUCAACGCCCAAGGGGUGUACCAUGUGGGCGGGGCUGAACCCGGACCCGGGAAGCGGUGUCUGCAGAGCCUCCUGCUGGUAAGGGUGAGGAAGGACGGCCUCGACCGCGACUACAGCCUGGAGGACCUGCUGGAGCUGCAGAACAAGCUCAUGCUGAUGUCAUCCAAAGGGGAUCAUGGGAAAGAGCAGGUGAACAGGUUCAGCCAGAUAUUUGAGGGGGUGCAGAGGCUGGGGGGGAUCCUGCUGCAGCUCCACUCUGCAGGGAACACACUGUUCCGUGGGUGGGAGGCGUGGGUGCAUUGCAGCCCCGAAAAGCAGCCCUGCGUCCGGGUCUCCUUCCCCCUGCCGGGACGCCUCCUCCAUCUCCGCGGUCAAGUGGCGGAGCAGCUGCAGGAGCUGUGCCGGUCCAUGGAGCGCUGCCGGGGGGACUGGGCCGCCCUGGUGGCCGACACGCGCUCCCGAUUCCCCGUCCUGAACCUCUACACGGCCGAGCAGGCGGCGUACCUGUGCCAUGCCCUCCCCGCCAUCCGCCGGGGGUCAGCCCGCCUCCCGCACCAGGUGUGGCACCUGCUGUCCCCGCUCAACCCCAGCUGCAGCCCGCGGGACAUCUGGGAGGCCCUCGCCGCGGCGACUGAGGCGGGGGAGGCCGAGGGUGAGCGGGGCGUGGAAGAGGUCACCGCGGAGACCGAGGGCAUCAGCGGGGACGAGGACAGCGUGGAUGGCCUCUGGGCGCGCUUCAGAGUGGACAUGCCGAGGUUCCUCCAAGGACACCUGGACAUCGUCACCCUGGCCUGCUUUCUCACCCGCUUCUCCGAAACGAACGCCCAUCUCAUACGCCGUGACUUGCCCCCUGGCCUCCAUGAGGGGAGGCCCAAUCUCGUCCUGUGCCCAGCUGCGCAGACUCUAACCACCGCCCUGUCCUUCUACGCGGCGAGCCCCGCCCAGGCCCCGCCCUCCGCGGAGGAGGUGCUGCUGUGCCGAGAGGACACCUCCGAGGAGGAGGUGGACAUCUUCCUCCGGCGCGCACUGGGCCCCGUCGGCGAGGGCAAGCUUUUCACCCUCCUGCACCCGGGGCUGCUGGCGUACGAGGUGGGCGUGGCCCUUGGCGAGCGGUUUGAGGCCCUGGGGAGGGCCGCGGCGCCCCGCUACCGCCUGCUCAUCGUCUCCCCCGUCAGCCACCAGCACAAAUACGUCCCCUCCUUCUUCAGCAGCUGCAAGGUGCAGGCUGGGGCGGGUGUCUCUGCGGAGGAUGUGGGAGGCUACCUCCGCUGCCACCUCGCCGCCGCUUCCCAGCAUGCCUCGGUGUACCCGGGCGGCCUGUCUGUCUGGGUGGUGUCGUCGGCACGGCCUGCUGUAGGGAAGUCUCUGUACGUGGACCGGCUGUUUGAGCGGGUCCAGCGCUCUUUCCCGCGCGCUCGCUGCGUGAGGCUGAGGCUGACGGAGCCGCGGGUGGAGAGGGACUCCUUCUUCCAGGCGCUUUCCCAGAGCAUGGAGUCGCGGGGGGAGGGGGACCCCAUACUCCUGCACCUGGACACAGCAGCGGUUCGUCACGGCCUGGAGGAGUUCCUGUUUGAGCUGCUGGUGCUGGGCUGCUUUAGUGACAGUGAGGGGAAACUGUGGAGAAGGAAUUCUGCCCACCUGAUUGCUGUUGAGGUCCUGAGGCCACGCCCGGCUCAGACCAACCAAUCCCGGAGCGAGCAGGUGCUGCUCGUUCUUCUCGACAUUCUGCCCACGAUCCACUGCCGACCUCCCAGAGAGGUAAAAAACCUGGAGCUCAAAAUUCGGAACGGCCAGGCCAGGAGGACCUCUGACCCCCUGAUGGACGAGCAGGAAUUCGCCAGUGAAGGCGUGCAGAGGCCUUAUCAGUACCUGAGACGGUACAACAGGAGAGAGAACCUGGACCCGUUCAAGUACAAGGAAGGCUCCGUCGAAGGGGAUCCUGUCGACUGCAUACACCACCUGCUGGCCAACUGCGGGGUGGAGGACCCAUCCUGGGCGGAGCUGCGGAACUUCUCCUGGUUCCUGAACCUGCAGCUCCGGGACUGCGAGCACUCGCUGUUCUGCGACCCGGACUUCCUGGCCCACCACCUGCCGGGCUUCAAGGGCUUCAUCGUGAAGUUCAUGGUGCUGAUGGCCCGUGACUUCGCCACGCCCUCGUUGGACGCCUCCGACCAGAGCCCCUACUUUCUCCCCGAUGACGGCGGGCGGGAGGACAACCUGCUGGCACGGCUGACCAUCCGCAAACGCUGGGAGAGCGAGUCCCACCCUUACAUCUUCUUCAACGACGACCACGUCUCCAUGUCCUUCCUGGGGUUCCAUGUGAAGCCAAGCCCCCAGGGGGGCACGCUGAACGCCGUGGACCCCAAAACUGGGAGGGUGCUGAUGGGGGACGUGAUGUCCUCCGAACUUCUCCGGGGCCUUCAGCGUCAGGGAAUCUCCCUCAGCGAAGACUUCGACCACCUGCCCAGGGAGGACAAGAUCCAGAGGAUCUCCUUCGUGGUGGGGGCCAGGAAGGGUUGGGCGAAGGGGGCCUUCGACCCGGACCCCACCUACGAGCUGACGGCGGACAACGUGAUGAAGAUGCUGGCGAUCCACAUGCGUUUCCGCUGCGGCAUCCCCGUGGUGGUAAUGGGUGAAACGGGCUGCGGGAAGACCCGGCUAGUCCGCUUCCUCUGUGACCUGCAGCGGGAGGGCCGGCAGGUGCAGAACAUGGUGCUGGUGAAGGUGCACGGGGGCACCACGGCCGAGACGAUCCGCCAGAAGGUGAGGCGGGCGGAGGAGCUGGCGGAGGGGAACAGCAGGCAGUUCGGGCUGGACACCAUCCUGUUCUUCGACGAGGCCAACACGACGGAGGCUAUAUUCGCCAUCAAGGAGGUGAUCUGCGACCGGACCGUGGGGGGUCACCCCAUGCGUGCGGAUGUGGGGCUGAAGGUCAUCGCCGCCUGCAACCCGUACCGCCGGCACUCCCCGGAGAUGAUUGAGCGGCUGGAGCGGGCGGGGCUGGGCUACAGGGUGCGGUCCUCGGACACGGAGGACCGGCUCGGCCGGGUUCCCCUUCGGCAGCUGGUGUACCGCGUCCAGCCCCUUCCGCCCAGCAUGGUCCCGCUGGUCUGGGACUUUGGCCAGCUGAGCGACUCCGCCGAGCUCUCCUACAUCCGCCAGAUCGUCCAGACGCAGGUCCGGGGUCGGGAUCUACCCCACCGGUGCCACGACGUCAUCUCCGGCGUGCUGGCCACGUCCCAGACCUACAUGCGCAGCCGAAAAGACGAGUGCAGCUUUGUGAGCCUGCGGGAUGUGGAGAGGUCAGUGAGGGUGCUGCUGUGGUUCUGUCACCACAGCGAUGAGCUGUUCAAGCGUAGCGUAGCCAGUGAGCUAAGCGGCAUCUUCCGGUGCUUAGCUCUGGCUGUGGGAGUGUGUUACUACCCCUCGCUGGUUAAUAAAAAGCCCUACCUUAGAGCUAUAUGCCGGCACUUUCCUGAACCCCUCAACUCGCCAGAAGCUUUGGAGCGGGAGAUCUUAUCCUGCCAGGACGUCUUCCUUGAGAACAUACAGACAAGAGACACGGUGGCAAAAAACAUCGCCCUCAAGGAGAACGUCUUCCUCAUGGUGGUCUGCAUCGAGCUGAGGAUCCCGCUCUUCCUGGUGGGCAAGCCGGGCAGCUCCAAGUCCCUGGCCAAGACCGUGGUGGCAGACGCCAUGCAGGGCCGGUCCUCCCGCUGUGCACUCUUCCGGAAGCUCAAGCAGGUGCACAUGGUCUCCUUCCAGUGCAGCCCGCACUCUAGCCCCGAGGGCAUCAUCGGAACGUUCCGGCAGUGCGCCCGCUUCCAGCAGGGGAAGAGCCUGGAUGAGUACGUGUCCGUGGUGGUGCUGGACGAGGUGGGCCUGGCGGAAGACUCGCCGCAGAUGCCGCUGAAAACGCUGCACCCCCUGCUGGAGGACGGGCGCGUCGACGACGACCCCGGCGACAACCCUGGCGCGCACACGAAGGUCGGCUUUGUGGGGAUCUCCAACUGGGCCCUCGACCCAGCGAAAAUGAACAGGGGGAUAUUCGUGUCCCGCUGGGAUCCGAGCGAGAACGAGCUGGUGGAAACGGCGAAGGGGAUCUGCUCCUCUGACAGCCCUGUCCUCCUCAAAAUCCAGCACCUCUUCCCAAAGCUGGCGAAGGCUUACCUGAGUAUCUGUCAGACUGUGGACGGAAACCAGUUCUUCGGCCUCAGGGAUUACUACAGCCUGGUGAAAAUGAUUUUCGCGUCGGUCAAGCGCUCCCAGCGGGAGCCUAGCGAGUCAGAGCUGGCUGAGGCUAUUUUACGCAACUUCAGCGGGCAGCCGGAGGUCUUCGACCCUCUGCAGCACUUCAGGGAUCUCUUCCGGACUCUCGGCGACGUUGCCAGGCCGAGCACGCUGGGCAUGAUCAGGAAGAACCUUGACCGCGGCGGCGAGGAAGAGAGCCGGUACCUCCUGCUGCUCACCACGAACAACGCGGCCCUGCACAUCCUGCAGCAGCGCCUUUUCUCCGGAGAGGGCGGGGUCGCCCCCGAAAUCGUCUUUGGGUCCGGGUUCCCCAAGGACCAGGAGUACUCGCAGGUCUGUCGGAACGUGAACCGGGUGAAGACGUGCAUGGAGACGGGCUGCACCGUGGUGCUGCUCAACCUGCAGAACCUCUACGAGAGCCUGUAUGAUGCCCUGAACCAGUACUACGUCUAUCUGGGCGGGCAGCAGUACGUGGACCUGGGCCUGGGCACGCACCGGGUGAAGUGCAGGGUUCACCGGCGCUUCAGGCUGGUGGUGGUGGAGGAUGAGCGGAAGGUGUACGAGCAGUUCCCUGUGCCCCUCAUCAACCGGCUGGAGAAGCACAGGGUGGACCGCGGCACCGACCUGGCCCCCUGGCAGCGGCGGGCGCUGCGGAGGCUCGAAGAGUGGGUGAGGGAGUUCGCCCGCCUGCCCGGGGCUGUGGCCGACGACUUUAAGCCGCCGGACGCCUUCGUGGGUUUCCACGGCGACGCCUGUGCCAGUGCGCUCCUGCAGGCCCUAGAGAAGAGAGAGGGGCACAGGGACACAGAGACCAACGAGGGAACGGCUCACAGACAGGAAGCGAGUGCUGAUUGGAGCUUGGAUGAUGGAGCUGAGGGACUUGUAAUGACAGAGGGCAGCCCUGUGUCAGGUGACGAACAGAAGAAUCCACAAAGGGAAGAGGCGGAGCCCGAUGUGUCUAUGGACGUGACGCCAGACGGCGAACACGCCGCGGGUGCAGGUGAGCCAGAACUUGCAGCUGGGGGCGGAGAUGCGGCGGACACCAUGGAGGUGGAGGAAAAGGAGGACGAAGCGGAGAUGCAGGAAAGCACCAAAUCGACAGAAGGAGAUGAAGAAGAAGAGGUCCUGGAAGCUGCUAAGAGCUUCCUGCUGAACUGCGCUACACCAGACGCCAUUCUGAGGCUGGAGUACUCGGACCUGGGGAGCCGGGAGAGGGGAGCGCUCCGCAGAAUGUACUUCCACCAGCAGCACCACCUCUCCCUCAGAGACUUCAUGCAGAGACACCUGAGUGAGGCUGAGGACCCCUGCAGGUUCAUAGAGGUCACCACUUUCUCCAGCCUCCUCACCCAGCUAGACGUGCGACCCCUGGCCCAGGCGCUGGGCGUGGCCACCUGCAGGCUCCUCCUACUCUCCCUGCACCAGUUUGACACCGAGGCCUCGUUCUGCAGCAAGAUACGGGGCUUCCUGCGAGAUACUGAUGGCUCCGCCCACAUACUGCUCAUUCAGACCGACGUUGAGGAGUCUCUGUGUAGCGAUGAGUUGAUAGCCUCAGCUAAGUACUGCACCAUGAAUGAACUGAGGUCAGUGGAGCCCAGUCCAGCCCAGUGCUUGGUGGUCUUCAUCACCAAGCUAUCCAGACUCAAAGGAGGUUCCCAGUACGUCGGGUUCCAAGGAGGUGCAUGGCUGUCGGUGCACAUUGAUGACCUCAGAGACACAGAGGACAUGAGCUCUGACCUCUCUGCCCUCUGUGGAACUCCCAUCAGCCAGCUGCUCGCCCUGUCUGUACAGGCAGAAGACACAAGUGGACCUGUGGUGCGUGUCGGUGUGGUCCAGAAGGGGGCAGGGCCGCGACUGCACGGCCUCUCUCUGCUGAGGUCCUGUAUUCAGAAGGCUGUGAGUUUACUGAGGGACCCUGCCGCCAGGGCGUCCCGGAGCCUGGAGCGGGUGCAGAUACUGCUGGGGCUUCUGGCAGUAGAGCCGGGACAGCCGGGAGUUCACUUUGUGCAGGUGCUGUUGGGGAGGCUGGUGGUGGCUCUGGCACAGAGGGAGGAGCAGAUGCCCUCACCAGGGGAGUGGGUGAGCAAGGAGGCCAAGAAGCGCCAGGCUCUGCAAGAGGGAGGCACUCUCAGGCACACUUUGUGGCGCUGUCUGCAGUCCACACUGACUCCAGUCCUGGCCCAGGUUCUGGGAGUGCUGGACCGGGAUGCUAACCUUGACCUUCUUUGCUGUUCUGGGGUCAGUCAGGGACUGAGGAAGUUGUGGCUGGACAUUCUAGAGGACCCGCAGACACUGGACCUAACACAGCCUCAGAGUGUCGCCGACCAGGAGAUAAACGUGCAGCGCCAUCUAGUGGUGGGUGGUGAGGAGCAGCGCUGUGCUGCCCCCUUCAGCUGGCUCAUUAAAAUGCACUGUCAGAGCCUGUGGGAGGAGUCAGAGUUCGGGCCAGGCACCCAGGAGGACGACCCGCAGAGGGUCCUGCGGUUUGUGAGCUCCUUCGGCAGCAGCAGGCUGGCCGGCCACAUCGCAAAGCUGGCGGGCCCUGAGGGCGUGGAAUUCACCCACCGCUACCUGCGCGAUUUCGUGCUGCUCUCCUUCAGGGUGGCGAGCGAGGAGGAAGUGGAGGUUUUCACCUCAGCGGUGCUGGGCUGCGUCUCGGAGCUGCAGCGGCGCAUGGCCGUGACCUCUGACCUCUCUCCGGCCUGGCUCACGGCCGUGGUCAGAUGUAACGCCUUGCGGCUGGACGCCCUGUCCCACGUCCUGCAGGUCCAGCCGCGCCUGUCCCAGCACCUGCGGAGGCUGGCCGGCCCCGAGGCCCCGGAAAUGCGCGAGGACGUCCUGGCUCUGGGUGUGUGCGUGGAGGAGAUGGAGCAGCAGCCUGUGACGGCGUUGGCCGAGUGCGAAUCCUUCCUGCGCAGAGUGGAGCUCCUGCAGCCGUGCGUCGAGAGAACCUUCGGGCAGAACUACAGCGCCCUCUGCAGCCCUGGCUGUCUCCAGCACCUGGAGGCGAUUAGAACUGCCUGGCGUGGAAUGCUUGUAGUAGCAGCGUUCAUCCAGCAGGUGGUGCUGAGUGUGGAGGAUGGCAGGCUGGAGGCACUGGCUCUGAAAUACUGCACCCCGCUGCAGACGGUGAUGCGGGCCUCCCCUGACCUGAGGAGCACAGAGACACUGCAACAGGUGAUCCGGAUCCUGAACUCCUACCACGAGGAGUUCACCAGCCUGGACUUCAGGUACGGCACCAGGUGCCCGGUGUGCCUGGCGGACCUGGUGGAGCCGGCCGCCCUGCCCUGCGGGCACCUCUUCUGCCUGGCCUGUCUGCGGCACAGCGUUCAGGACGCCAGGCACUGCCCAAAGUGCCGGGAUGAGCUGCCGCCGCACUUCCAGCCGUCCCCGUCCCGGCAGCUCAGCGCCGCCCUGCUGGUCGAUCAGAAGCUCAGGGCUUGCUGCAACGCCUUCUUCCUGGAGGUGGUGUCGCGUUUCAGCCUGACGGAGGGAGUCAGUCCUGAGGAGGGCGUGGUGGAGCUCCUCUUCUCCCUGCUCAUCUCUGCACAGGGCAGCGUAUACAGGACCAGAGACCUCAGCCCCUUGCUGGAUUGUGUGGAUGACAGUCCUGUGGUGCGCUCCGUGCUGCCCAAACUACUGCUGCAGUACAGUUUUGAGCAGGUCAAAGGUCACAUUCAGAGCUACCUGCAGAGCCUUCAGGACCACAUCCUGGACCGCGAGGACGAGACCGAGCUGUACCGCCUUUUCGUCAACUGUUUCCAGGACUCCCUCUGCGUCGCCGGGGGUGACGGAUCGGAGGAAGCCCCGCCCACGCGCCUGGAGGACGACGCCCGCUUCCUGAGCCGGCUGGCCCGGAGGCAGACCCCGGGGCGACAGGACGACCCAGCCGGGUUCCUCCUCAGCAUGGCUCGUCUGCGGGCGUGUCUGGGCACCGCCGCCGCCCUGCUGCAGAGCGCCGUGACAUCAGCAGGUAGCACAGGUGAGAGCAGAGAGCUGGAGGAGCGGUACCUGGAGCAGGUGAAGGCCGUGUGUGAGUACUGCGGCAAUGACUGGUACCGGGUCUACCUGCUGAGAGCCGUCAACAGGCGGGCAGGUCUGGACUGCGUGCGUGCGCUGAUGAACAGCGACACCUGGCGAUGGGCCUUCCCACCUGAGGUCAUCCACCUGCAGAGGCUGGUUCCUGCUGAAGUGGACUAUUUCCUGUGCCUGGGGGGACCGUACCGGACCCUGAGGGACGCCGUGGGUGAGGCCGUGCUGGAGUCACAGGCUGACCCCCUCCGGGCCGCCCUGCGGGAUCUGGGCAUUUCCACUAUCUCUGCUCGUGUCCUCCUGUCCCUGGCCCUGUUCCGACAGGUCACCUGCCGCUUAGCGUCACCCAAUGAGGCGUUGCGUCCCAGGCCACAGGAAACUGCGAUCCUGGAGGAGUAUCUGAGAUCCAGCACUUCAGGCCAACACAGGGAGUUCUGCCUCGCCUUAUUAACCAAUCAGAUCGGAGGCCCGGGGUCUCCUCUGCACGUGACGCCGGCGGUCCCCGCCCAACGCCGCCCCCUGCUGGAGAUCCUGGUCCAUGCGGGUGCCUUGUUUCAGAAUGGGAACGGACUGCUCUCACCCCUGCACCAGCUCGCCUCUCAGCCCGGAACCAUGGCGGCUUCCUUCCUGCCCACCAUGCCUGAUGACCACACCAGCGAGGCUCUCCGAUUGGUGAACGCCGGGGGGCAGUCGAGGGUUUACUAUUGCCUAAAUGGUCACCCGUGCGUUGUGGGAGAGUGUGGCAGACCGAUGCAGCUGGGAAAAUGUCCUGACUGUAGAGCUGCCAUCGGGGGUCAAAACCACAGACCAGUAUCCGGGUUUACCCAGGCAACCGGCAGCAUUGCGGAUCAGACUCGAACGGGACACGUUUUGGGGGCCGCCCGUCACCGGUCGGACGCUCCAGACAGGCAGGUGUCUCUGGCGGAGUGGACGGUUCUGAGACUCUGCACUCACCUGGCGCUGCUACUGGGAGCCGUACAACAUCACCAGGGUGUCAGCGCCGUGAUUCGCCCUGUAGUGGCCGAUGUCUGGGAGUUUCUGUGGCAGCACUUGGAGAGGGACAUGGAGGUUCUGGGUCGUUCUCUGGGUCAGAACGUGGACAGCACGGCCAUCACCAUCCACCUGGUCCUCCAGGGCUUCCUGCAGCGUGCCACAGUAGCCAGCUCCUACCAGCAGGGGGCAGACCUUUCCAGCCGACAGGGACGACAGCGGUGGGAGAAGCUGGUCUGUGAUUCUGUUAUCGGCCCGGUCAUCCAGAGUCUCGAGUUGAAGCUUGGCACAGCCCGGCAGCUGGUUGCCGCGGACGACCAGCUGAGCGGGGGCCCCCUGAUGAGGCUGCUGGACGGGGACCCCCGCCCCGUGCUGCCCCUCCCUUCGGACUGCCCCACCCACAGCUCCUCCUUCUGGAAGCUUCCGGAGCCGCUGAGCGUGGAGCGGUUCUCUCAGCUCCUGCAGCAGAGCCGCCAGGGGGAGUCGGUCCUGCUGCUCUUGCUCUUCAUGAAGAAGGUGCCGUGCGUGAGACAGCUGCAUCACCUGCCUAACCUGGUCGCCCUGCUGAGGGCGUUUCCCUUGGCGAUGGAGACGGAGUCUCAGAGCAUCGGCCAGGUGCUGCAGCAGAUCCCGGCAGGCCAAAGGAAGGUACUAGAGACAAGGGUCAAGAUCUUCAUGGAGGUGUGGAACCAAGUCAGGAUGGAGCUCGCCACCAGCGCAGUGGAGAUGGGUGUUGCGCAGGAUCUGUGUGAGGUGGAGCUGAGGAUAGACAGCUCCGGGAGGUUCCUGUCUCUGUGUCACCGUGGGCCCGGGUCCUGCCUCAGCACCCUGAUCCGCUUCCUGUCGGAAACCCACAACAGCCUGGUGCGGGAGGCUAGGAGGCAGAGCCGGCAGGGGGACAGUGACUACAGCGUUCCUCUGGAGGUUGUGAGCGAGGCACAGCUGGCCCUGUGCCACCCGGAGCGAGAGCUGCUCCCCCUGGUGUUGGCGCACUGUCAUUACACCCUGAGGAAAGGGGAGGGGACGAGCAGCAGCUAUGAUCUGCAGGGUAUCCAGGUCCAGCUCACCCGGCGUUUCCUUGCAGGAAAACCCCUCAUCCAAGAGGACACGUCUAAAUACCUGAGCAGGCAGAGCCAGGACUUUUCAUCAGUGCUGGCGGAGGUCAGGGCCAGGAUCCCCCAGGUGCCGCUGAAAGGUUCAGUGCGGGCCGCCAUGAGGGCGACGUUGCGCUCCUUCACGGACGCGUGCGAUGCCGCCUUCUCCCUGGAGGUGGGUCUGCGCUUCCUGGGGAAGACGGGGGGCGACCCCCGCAACCCGCUGGUGCCCUACCUGAGGGACACCCUGCGGAUGGAGGAGCACAUCUCCAGCAGCGUGGCCAAGGUGCUGGGUGAGAGCAGGCUGGAGCACAGUGUGAGCACCUGGCAGCUCCUCACCUGCUGGAAGUCGGAGCUGAGAGUGAGCAGAGGGCAGGAGCCCUUCCAGAAGCUUCCGGAGGAGUACCGGCAGAGGCUGUCGGCGGAGGAGAAGAAGGCUGUGACGGUCUUCCUUGGAGGCACAGACGCCGAGGCCUUCAGCUGGGAGCUGCAUGAGAUUCUGUUUCUGAAGACCAGCAACUCCAGCUCUGACGACAACUACCCCCCACACUGGGACAUCAGCUCCACGCUGGAGAUCCAUCUGGAGCAGAAGGACAGCCCUCCCCUGCCUGGGCUGGAGGGUCUGCCGGAGGAGCUAACGCUGGAGAAGGGAGCCGAUAUCUGGAGGCUUGCGGUGGAAUUCAAGCAAUGAGAAGAUGCACUUUUCUCCUUUCCCUUGCUGUAGCCC